AGCCGACCUCCGAGGUCCUGCAGAGAGGGAGCAUGAAUGACAACAUCCAGGGUGAUGAGGUGCUGCGGCAGAUCGAGAGGGAGGUGCGGAUGCGGGAGGGAGCCAGUAAACUCCUUGCAGCCAGCUCCCAGAGAGGCCAGGCCCUGGAGGCCUCCAAGAGCCUGCUCACCUGCAAUGCCCGCAUCCUGGCCCUGCUCGGCCAGCUGCAGAAAAUGAGGAAAGCACAAAUCUUGCAGAGAGUCGGACACAGGCCAUCUGAAGAUCCAGCGCCCUGCGCAGGCAAAGUGGCAAUCUCAGACCUGCGAAUCCCCCUAAUGUGGAAAGACUCGGAGUACUUCAAAAACAAAGGAGAGCUACAUCGCUGUGCUGUUUUCUGCCUGCUUCAAUGUGGCACAGAGAUCCAGGACACCGGUGUGGUGAUGGUGGACAGGACUUUAACUGACGUCUGCUUCGAAGACAUCAUCAUCUUCGACAACGUGGGCCCUGAUUUUGAGCUGCGUGUGGAGUUGUACAGCACCCGUGAGGUUGAGGAUUUCCCACCCGGAGCCGUCGGACAGAGGAGAGGGGUCCGUCUCGGGGGUUCUCUAGGAUCCUCCUCUGGAAGAAAGAUCCGUGCCACAUUUCAGUCUGCAACUCUCUGCGGGUACAUUUCCACUGGAGGAGAUGUGAGACCUGGAAGCUUGUCGCCGCCUUUAUUUCCUUACCUGUCUGCCUUGGGGCCUAAGUAUAGCCUCUUGGCUCACACAACACUGACUAUUAAACAUGUCCAGGAGGCUUUCAAGACCCAUGAUCUGUCACUUUCAGCAACAGAGCAAAAUCCUUUCUGGUUGCCUCUGUACAGGAGCAUGUGCUGUCGUUUAGUUGCUCAGCCUUUGUGCAUGAUUCAACCGGUGAUAAGCGGCCCUCUCAAAGUCAAGCUUGAAGACGACUGCAAUCAAUGGGAAAAUGUCUAUGGCGUCCUCAGGGGACAAACUCUGAUCUGUUUUCAGAGUCAAGCAAACCUGGAGUGUGAUGACGAGCCGUUGCUUGUAAUCCCCAUCAACAAGGAUACCAUUGUCCGUGUGCCUGACGGUGAUGCUGAGCCUCAUCACCUCAUCUGCAUCAACACUCAGUGUCAAGGAGACACUGCAACCUACACUCUGACUGCACUCGCAGCUGAAGACAGACAGCGCUGGAACCAAGCCCUCCGGCAACACAUCCAUAACCUGAGCCAGUGGAAGCACUGCUGCGAUGACUUAAUGAAGAUCGAAACGCCAAGCCCACGGAAAUCCCUCGCAGUGAAACAAGGAUCGCUUUUCCAUGAAAUGGUCACCCCCUCCUCUCCGAGGAAGGGCCCCGCAGUUCCAGACAUCGAGAUUGAGAUCCGCACCUUGCUUUACUCUUACCACAAAGAAAGUUUUUGAUGCCACUGCUGUUAUGCUGAAGAGGCGAUAGUUUUCUCUCUGUAUGGUCUUACCAUGCUGGCCAAAGACAUCGACGUGGUCAGUUUUACACAUGAAGUGGUGCUGUUCAAACUUCAAGA